AUGAUAUAUAACGUUCGCCGUGCCGGAUCAAAGUUGAAGAACAUGACGAAAAUGAAUCGCUGGUUAAAGAGCCAGAUUAUAGAGAAGCCGGGGAGUGGUGACAGCCGUUGCUACCUCCUCGAGCUGCCAACAGAACUGCUGCUGGAGAUCAUCUCCCAUCUGUCCGUGUUGCCAGAGGCAUGUCUGGCGUUGACCUGCAAAAGCCUGUUCGUUAUAUGUGGGUCGAUCCUGGAUUCGAAAUCACUCCAUUUUAGUCGAGACUUCGCACCGCUCUUCCACCACUAUCGAAAUGGACACAAUUUUGUCACCUCUCGCUGGCAGUUCGUCGGCAUGCUUGAAGACAGCCGAUGGCAAGCGUGCUCGAAAUGUCUCAAACUCCACCCACGAAGCGCAUUCCCCUCUCGGGAAUUGAAACGAGGUUCUGACAGUCGAGCCUGCUCUUUGGGCGAAUCUGCAGGCAUCGUCGACUUGUGUCCGUGCAAGAAGCUGACCUACCGCGACAAGAUGGACCUCGUGGAUCUCCUCAAGAUUCGCAAGAAGACCAUCUCAGCGCUGGCUUCGCAGUUUGGAAGCACUGUGCGGGAGCGCUUCUGCUGGCAUUCCUGUUUCGAGAAGUACGGGAAUACAGACUUGAAGAUCGAGCUUUACCCCGAACUCGAUGACGAGGACAAGCUCAUCAUCCGGACAGAGUAUCAACUCACCAUCGAAGCAGGCCAGCUGGGGAAAGAAGAACACAUGACACCUCGGUUUGGAUGCGCACAUCGCUCUGUGGAUUUGUGGCUCGCCAGCGUCUGUCAAACCACCAUCUGCCGACUAUACGACAGUUUCUGUCAGUCAUGCCAACGAAUAUCCAUCUGCAAUACCUGCAAUGCAACACUAGUAUGCCCGCGAAAACAGCCCAGCCAUUCAAAGGACUCGGACCGGGCGACCUACUUCUUCCAUACCCUACGAGGUCUGGGUGGCUCAUCAUCCCACCCGGAUUCUGAAUGGGCGGCACAGAGGAUCCACCCCGCUGAGCCAUCAGUGAACGUGGAUAACUGCAGUGAGCUAUGUCCAUGGACGGUCCGCGAGCACCCUCCUCCCACUGGACCACCCACCAUUGGCAUGGAUAUCAUUAAUCCCGGUAUGAAUGAUCAGUCACUGAACCAGUUCUAUUAUCAUCUGUCUCCUGGGGCGAUGAACUACCCACCGUCUCAUAACGGUCAGUUUCCUCCGCCGUAUCUCCAACAAACUCCACCUCAGCAACAGCAGCAACACGUCCAGCCGCAGCAGUUGCUUUACAACAAUGUCAACCCCAACCAAUCGCCAUACCAAUAUGGCAAACCGAUCAUGUACCCCCAGGUCAUGAUUCCCACCUACCCUUCUUAUCCGCAGACAUAUAACCCUCCUCAACCUCAACCUCAACCACCACCGCAGCAAACGCGACCACCACCCCCUCCACAGCAGCAGCCUCCGCCGCCGCAACAACAGCCGCAACAGCAGUUUGUGAAUCCAUCUGAGCUGUUCCAUCAGUCGCCUCUUCCUCCUGCGCCUCCAUCUCGAUUCACUCAGGUUUCCCCGAAAUACAGCGCGCCACCUGCCGUCCCCAUUGCACCCAACACCCAAUCUCCCGUGCUCCCAACUAUACCUGCCGCGACACAGUCACCAUAUUAUACUGCCCCGAGUCCUAGCCAGACACCUAACCAGACGAACAAACAACACAGCAAAAUAACACCAAAUGCUCCGACCCCCACUCCGACUUUGGCACCGGCACCGGCACCGGCACCAGCACCAGCACCAGCGCCAGUUCAAGCCAAGGCUCCCCCAGCUCCUUCACCGCGACCUCUUCCUCAAGUUUUGAUACCAGCUCCAUCCCCGGAAUUGCAGCAGAAAAUACAGCGGCAGGCUCCCAAGAAGCAGACGCAACGGAAAACUAACCAGCAGUCGCCGCAGAAACCUACGAAGCCUCCUAUAGAUUACCAGGUGUUACUGCUAUCGUUGGCAGACGAGUAUCUUGAUGCUGCACAUAGCAAGGGGACAAUGACUGCGUUGCUUCGGCAGGAGAUUGAAAUAGAGGAGUAUCAUAAACUGGUGGCGACUGGUCUUGGCUGCCUGGAGGCUGUAUUGAAGAAUUGGAGAUUACAGCCUCGUGUAGAGGCGCUUGUUCGCUUACGAUAUGCGCGCAUCUUGUUUGAGGAGACGGACAAUGACCUCGAGGCGGAGACGGCAUUGAGUAAAGGGAUUGACUUGUGUGAACGGAACCGCAUGCUAGACCUCAAGUAUAGUAUGCAACAUCUCCUGGCACGAAUGCUACACAAAACAAAUCCCAAAGCCUCCCUGAAAGCUGUCGAUGGGAUGAUUCAAGAUGUAGAAGCGUACCGUCAUUCUGCCUGGGAGUAUGCAUUCCGGUUCCUAAGGGUGACACUUUCAUUGUCGUCGCCCGGCAAUCAGGACUCCGUAUCAGCAUUGCAGCAUCUUCACAAGAUCGCUCACAUGGCAAAUCGCAACGGUGACAAGGGCGUUUCUGCCAUGUCGGCUGUGAUUGAGGCACUUGGAUAUCUACAGCAGGGAACAAGCUUCGAUUCCAUUGAACAGGCUCAGCGUGCAGUGGCAGUCGCGCGGAGCCAUCAACUGAACGAUGAACUCCGUCAUAUUCCUCAGUUGAUCACAUUGGUGCAGAUGGUCGACAUUUGCUGCAGCCUUCUCGAGUAUGACAUGAACCAAUCAUCUCAAAAACUGAAGGUCAUGCAGGAUCUAAUGGAUGAAAAACUGAACGAUCCAAACUGGCGUCCUGAUGGAUCAUUUUCCAUCCCGCUUAAUGGUAAAUCCGCUGGGCCUUCAUCCAUAGAUACGGGAGAUAUCCUCCAGGUCCAGAGUGGAACUCUGCUUUUGAGCUUUAACUGGCUGCCCCAGCACGAUCUAUAUGCACUGUGCUAUUUCCUCAGCUCUAUCACCCUCAGUGCCAAGAACUCCUAUGAUGGGAGGAAAGCCGAGAAGUUUCUCCAAGAGGGGCUGCGAAGCUUCAAGGCGCCCCAAGAAAUUACGGAGUCGAUGGUAAAUGCAAAUAAGCGUGUGGAGUGGCGAAGAAGCCUAUAUUGCAAUCUACUACUUCAACAGGUCUUUCUCGCCUGCGCUCGCACCGACUGGGACCUGGCUACUCAGACCCUACAUGAAGUUCGCCAAAUAUCCCAGGAACUUGGCGAUGGUAUUUCCGAGCCUAUUCAAUGUCUCAUGGAAUACGCUGCUGGAACCAUUGCGCAAGCCACAGGAGAUCUAAAAACUGCUCUUGCGGCUUUCCAAUCCCCACUUCUUCUACUAUCCCCAUCUGUCAGUAAGACAACACGAAAUGAUCCGUGUCGUGAUAUUGCUAUACUGGCAGCUCUCAACACCGUCCUCAUCCUCCGCGAUCCCCAACACCCUUCGCAUUCUCAACUUCCCAAUAUCUUGUCAAUCGUUGAGUCGUUUUGCAAGGGGACCCCCAACAAGUAUAUACAGGCAGCAUAUUACCUUGCAAGCGCCACUGUACAGACCGAAUCGACCAUUCAAACGAAACAAUUCCUCCAACAAGCCCUUCAAUCUGCCACGGCCAUUAGCAAUAGCCAAAUCACCUGCAUGACUUUGACCUUUAUGAGCUGGAAAUAUUUCCGUGGUGUGGUCGGGGAACAGGCUGAAAAAAGUGCAAGAGCCGGCCGUGCAAUGGCCAAGAAGGCCAACGACCGUCUUUGGGUCAGCGUCACCGAUGAAAUGCUGGCAGAAACUCUAGAGAGACAGGGAAAAGACGAGGAAGCAGGGGGAGUUCGCGACGAGGGACACCGGGUGAUGGUCGGAUUACCACCUGCGUUGAAAAGGCCUGCUUAA